AUGCAGGAGGAGGAGACAGGUCAGAGGCUAACCUGGCCACUGGGCAGCGUCUCAGAAAGGACUUGGGAUUCUAUCCCAGGCUGGCAGGGAAGCUUAGUGCAGCUGAGUACCAGGUUACAAAAUGAGAAGAAAGAUGAUGGCAUUCGAGUUGGCUUCUUUCAGUUGUUUCAGUUUUCUUCAUCAGCUGAAAUUGGGCUGAUGCUUGUGGGAGGUUUAUGUGCAUUUCUCCAUGGAAUAGCCCAGCCAGGAACGCUGCUCAUUUUUGGCACAAUGAUGGAUGUUUUUAUCGAAUAUGACACUGAAUUGCAAGAACUCAACAUUCCAGGAAAAGCAUGUGUGAAUAAUACCAUAGUAUGGAUCAACAGCUCCUUCAACCAGAACAUGACAAAUGGAACACGUUGUGGGUUGCUGAACAUUGAGAGUGAAAUGAUCAAAUUUGCCAGUUACUAUGUUGGAGUCGCUGUCGCAGUACUUAUUUGUGGAUAUGUUCAAAUAUGCUUUUGGGUGGUUGCUGCGGCUCGUCAGAUACACAGAAUUAGGAAAAUUUACUUUAGGAGAAUAAUGAGAAUGGAAAUAGGAUGGUUUGACUGCAAUUCAGUGGGAGAGCUGAAUACAAGAUUCUCGGAUGAUAUUAAUAAGAUCAAUGAUGCCAUAGGUGACCAAAUGGCCAUUUUCAUUCAGCGCAUGACCACGAUCAUCUCUGGGUUCCUGUUGGGAUUUUACAGGGGUUGGAAAUUGACCUUGGUUAUUAUUUCUGUCAGUCCUCUCAUUGGGAUUGGAGCAGCCAUCCUUGGUCUGAGCGUGUCUAAGUUUACAGACUAUGAGUUGAAGGCCUAUGCCAAAGCAGGUUCAGUGGCUGAUGAAGUCAUUUCGUCUAUGCGAACAGUGGCUGCUUUUGGUGGUGAGAAAAAAGAGGUCGAAAGGUAUGAGAAAAAUCUUGUGUUUGCCCAGCGUUGGGGAAUUAGAAAAGGGAUAGUGAUGGGAUUCUUUACUGGAUAUGUGUGGUGUCUCAUCUUUUUUUGUUAUGCACUGGCCUUCUGGUACGGCUCCAAACUUGUCCUGGAUGAAGAAGAAUAUACACCAGGAGCCCUUGUCCAGAUUUUCCUCAGUGUCAUAGUAGGAGCUUUAAAUCUUGGCAGUGCAUCUCCUUGUUUGGAAGCCUUUGCAACUGGGCGUGCAGCGGCCUCCAGCAUUUUUGAGACAAUAGACCGGAAACCCAUCAUUGACUGCAUGUCAGAAGAUGGUUACAAGCUGGAUCGAAUCAAGGGUGAGAUUGAAUUCCAUAAUGUGACCUUCCACUAUCCUUCCAGGCCAGAGGUGAAGAUUUUAAAUAAUCUCAACAUGGUGAUUAAACCAGGAGAAGUGACAGCUUUGGUAGGAGCCAGUGGAGCUGGGAAAAGUACAGCACUGCAGCUCAUUCAGCGAUUCUAUGACCCCUGUGAAGGCAUGGUGACUCUGGAUGGUCAUGACAUUCGCUCUCUUAACAUUCAGUGGCUUAGAGAUCAGAUUGGCAUAGUGGAGCAAGAGCCAGCUCUGUUCUCCACCACCAUUGCAGAAAACAUUCGCUAUGGCAGAGAAGACGCAACGAUGGAAGAUGUAGUCCGAGCUGCCAAGGAGGCCAAUGCCUACAACUUCAUCAUGGACCUGCCACAGCAAUUUGACACUGUUGUUGGAGAAGGAGGAAGCCAGAUGAGUGGUGGCCAGAAACAGAGAGUGGCCAUUGCGAGAGCCCUCAUCCGAAACGCCAGGAUCCUGCUUUUCGACAUGGCCACUUCUGCUUUGGACAAUGAGAGCGAAGCCCUGGUUCAAGAAGCACUGAGUAAGAUGCAGCACAGGCACACAAUCGUGUCCGUUGCUCAUCGCCUAUCUACGGUCAGAGCUGCAGAUGUCAUCAUUGGUUUUGAACAUGGCACCGCCGUGGAGAGGGGCACCCAUGAAGAACUGCUGGAAAGGAAAGGCGUUUACUUCACUCUAGUGACUUUGCAAAGUACAGGAGGUCAAGACUUUAAUGGAGAGAACAUAAAUGGAAAAGAUGCAACUGAAGGUGACAUACCUGAGAGGACCUUUAGCAGAGGGAGCUACCAGGAUAGUUUAAGAGCUUCCAUCCGGCAACGUUCCAAGUCUCAGCUUUCUUACCUGGCACCUGAACCUGCAUUAGCUGCUGUAGAUCAUAAGUCUACUUAUGAAGAAGACGCAAAGGGCAAAGCUACUUUUGUGGAAGAAGAAAUUGAACCCGCCCCAGUCAGGAGGAUUCUGAAAUUCAAUGCUCCGGAAUGGCCCUACAUGCUGGUAGGGGGUGUGGGUGCGGCUGUUAACGGGACAGUCACACCCCUGUAUGCCUUUUUAUUCAGCCAGAUUCUUGGGACUUUUUCACUUCCUGAUAAAGAGGAACAGAGGUUACAGAUCAAUGGUGCGUGCCUACUUUUUGUAGCAAUGGGCUGUGUAUCCCUUGUCACCCAAUUUCUGCAGGGAUAUGCUUUUGCUAAGUCCGGGGAGCUCCUCACAAAAAGGCUACGUAAAUUUGGUUUCAAGGCAAUGUUGGGGCAAGACAUUGGCUGGUUUGAUGACCUCAGAAAUAGCCCUGGAGCACUCACAACAAGACUUGCUGCAGAUGCUUCCCAAGUUCAAGGGGCUACCGGCUCUCAAAUCGGGAUGAUAGUCAAUUCCUUCGUCAACGUUGCUGUGGCCAUGAUCAUUGCCUUCUCCUUUAGCUGGAAGCUGAGCCUGGUCAUCUUGUGCUUCUUCCCCUUCUUGGCUUUGUCCGGAGCCAUGCAGUCCAGAAUGUUGACAGGAUUUGCCUCUAAAGACAAGCAGGCUAUGGAGAUAGCGGGACAGAUUGCAAGUGAAGCCCUCAGUAAUAUCCGUGCCAUUGCUGGACUUGGGAAGGAGAAGUGGUUCAUUGAAGCAUUUGAGACUGAGCUGGAGAAGCCAUUCAAGACAGCCAUUCAGAAAGCAAAUGUUUAUGGAUUGUGCUUUGCCUUUUCCCAAAGCGUAGUGUUUAUGGCUAAUUCUGCUUCCUACAGAUAUGGAGGUUACUUAGUCCUCCAUGAGGGGCUCCAUUUCAGCUAUGUGUUCAGGGUGAUCUCUGCAGUUGUGCUGAGUGCGACAGCUCUUGGAAGAGCCUCCUCUUACACCCCAAGUUAUGCCAAAGCUAAAAUAGCAGCUGCACACCUUUUUCAACUGCUGGACCGACGCCCCCCAAUCAAUGUAUACAGUAGUGCAGGUGAAAAAUGGGACAACUUCCAGGGGAAGAUUGAUUUUGUUGACUGUAAAUUUACAUAUCCUUCUCGACCUGAUGUGCAAGUUCUGAAUGGUCUGUCAGUGUCGGUUAAUCCAGGGCAGACACUGGCAUUUGUUGGAAGCAGUGGAUGUGGCAAAAGCACCAGUAUUCAGCUGUUGGAACGUUUCUACGAUCCUGAUCAAGGGAAAGUGAUGAUAGAUGGGCAUGACAGCAAAAAAGUAAACAUCCAGUUCCUCCGCUCAAAGAUCGGAAUUGUUUCCCAGGAACCAGUGUUAUUUGCCUGCAGCAUAAUGGACAACAUCAAGUAUGGUGACAACACCAAAGAAAUUCCCAUGGAAAGAGUCAUAGCGGCUGCAAAGCAGGCUCAGCUGCAUGACUUUGUCAUGUCCCUCCCAGAGAAAUAUGAAACUAACGUUGGGUCCCAGGGGUCUCAACUCUCCCGAGGAGAGAAACAACGCAUUGCUAUUGCUCGGGCCAUCGUGAGAGAGCCUAAAAUCUUGCUACUGGAUGAAGCCACUUCUGCCUUAGACACAGAAAGUGAAAAGACGGUGCAGGUUGCUCUAGACAAAGCCAGAGAGGGUCGGACCUGCAUUGUCAUUGCCCAUCGCUUGUCCACCAUCCAGAACUCGGAUAUGAUUGCUGUCAUGGCCCAGGGGGCGGUGAUUGAAAAGGGGACCCAUGAAGAACUGAUGGCCCAGAAAGGUGCCUACUACAAACUGUUCACCACAGGAGCCCCCAUCAGCUGACCUGACCCAGGAACUUCAUACACAGAUGGUGCACCCAUUGCAGGAGUGCUGGGGUGGUUGUUUCUUGAGAGAGGAAUGUCGAUAUUUUACUUUUACAGACAUUGUUAUACAUUAGGAUCCAAGCUAAUUUCUCAUGACCUUCAAUAAUAAUGCAGUUUUAGAUGUCUAUAUAGAAGAUGAAAGAAACGAGGGUGAGUGUGAGUGAAAAUCCAAUGUCAAGAGGCUGCUCAGCCAUCACCCGGUGCUUGUCUGUGCGCGAGCCAGUCCCAAUUACUACGUAAGAAGUCAUGUAGUGUAGGAAGGUUUGAACUCCUCAAGGACAGAGGACUGUCUUUGGCAUGGCUGGACCCUCGGUGUGCACAGAGGCUGGUCUAUAACAGGCACUCAACUAAUGUUUGUUUGACCAAGGUCAAAUGUGAAAAAAAUAGGACUGAAGACCAGCUGGAUUUCUUAAGCAAAGUUUUCUUGCACGUGCAAGCAGGUUCAUGCAUCCCUAGGGCCAAGGCUAGGGAAAGGAGGACUCUGAUGCACUGGAUGCUCUCAGGCUGAGUGAGGCAGGAGGGGCAAGUAUAAUAUUAGCCAGGGCUGGCCAGUUAGGGGUGUUGACUGAAGCUGUAGAUUCAGGAUGAAGUCACCAUUACUGAAUCUGCUGGUGGGCUGGUGCGGGGGACUCUGUCCCAGGCCUAGUAUCCCUCAUCACCCCCUCCAUGCUGAUUGCUGUUCUUUAUUUCCUGGAAAUCCUAUUCAUGAAAUGAAAAUAGUGCACUUUACUUUGCUAUAGCUUCAUAAGGUGUUACACAAAAAAGCCAAUUAAAUAUAGCAGAAAACCACAAGUUUAUCCCUGCUCCCUCAAAACACUACAGUAUGACACUAAGAGAAUUAAAUAAGGCAUGAAUUUGCAAUAAUAAAGAAAACAAAAUGAUGCCAGCAAGAAGAUUUUGGGAGCCAGAAAGCAAAUCGACAACUGAUAAUGGAUUUAGAAGAUGAGAGAAAACAAAAAUGUAAUCUGCGAGUGGGGGGAAGCCCAAGAACAUCCUGUUUUGUACCAGAGACCCUGAGAAAAUCUCAGGAUGUAAAGAAUGGGUCUUUUGGGAAGAUAGAAGAAUGGGCUGAAAGCCUGUGUAGAAACAGAGGUACAGAGCACCCCCCUGCAGCAGGGUGGCUGCCCUUCCCCAGUCCCAGCAGAAGACUGGAUGCUCCCUCUCUGGGGGAGUUCACAGACAGGCUUGGAUUUAAGGACACAGGUUGCAGCUGAAAGGGUGGUUCACAUACAAGAGAUGGGGAUUGAAUGUAAAGCUAUAUGUGAACAGAAAAACUCCCAGCCUCUCUCCUCUGACGGGAGAUUGAAGAAUCAUUCUCUGGGGAAACUGGCCAAUCUAGGAUAGGAGACCUGUGACUCUGAUGCUAGGGAUCCUCCAAAGAAAAUCUUCCAGCCAGAUCACCCUACUGUGAAGCCCACUUGCCAAGAACAGGCACCCACCCGCUCAGAGCUUCCCUGGGCUUUUCAGUGUCUCCCUCUUGCAUGGGCAUGGACUCCAAGGAUCACCAGACACCCAGCAAAUAUUUUAACAUAUAAAGCAAAAGUGACAACAGUAGAACACCCAGGAGGGAGGAAAUUAGAAGUAACAGAGCCAAUGCAAAGAUUAGGAAAACACUCAAAGUGUGGAAAUAAAUUCAGUCAACCAGAAAAGAGAAGAUGUUUCCCACUAUUUAAAUAAAAACAGAAGUCCAUAAAAAUGAACAUACAAAAAGGAGCUCUUGAUAGCAGAAAUGAAAAACUCAAUAGCAAGACUGCAUGCUCCCCACUCAGUGGUCCAGCCAUCACCAUGUCUUUUCCCUAUUCUGUCUUCCUCCCAAGCCCUACUCUAUGUAGAUGUCUUUUCUUCCCUUGGCCAACAAAUGAAAUUCUGCCUACAAAUUAAGCCUGAGCUGUGGUAUAUGGAGGUGUAAUAUUUAUGUCUGUUUUCCAGUGUUUCCUGGUAAAUAACUGCAGAGAUGAUUUAGGAGGUUAACUGGUCAGGCCAGAAUUGUUGGUGGUUUCCACAUGUGGAGGCAGAGGGUGGAGGAAUGCACUCUAGUUAAACUGUGGAAAAUGGCAAUGGCAAGUAAGUUGUAGACUAAAGAUGCCUGCUAGAAGGAACUAAGCUUUGCAGUAAACACAUGCUGAUACUCUAAUUUUGACAAAAGAUGACUAAAAUCCAUUGUGUAGGUUCGCAUUUCCAAGAGGCAGAACAUGGGCUCUGUGCUGGGAGGUUGCUAAUUUCCUGGAAUGGAAUUUGUGGGAUGUGAAAAAGGAAUGAAUACGAGUUAUUUUCGCAAAUAAUUUACUUGGAAGUUAUUGAUAAGAGGGAAAAGAUUUACUAGAGGGGGAUUAAAAUUGGGAAAACAAUUGCUUUCUGAGGCUCAGUGACAAGGGAGAUUAUAACUUCAAAAAUGAAUAGAUAAAUAAAGUUGCAUGUUUAUGUUACAAGACCAGAGGGUAUCAAUG